AAAAUAAUCACCAAUAAAAAAAAAAGAAGCUUGGGUGGUCAAACAAAAAAUGGCGGAGAAGAAGAGAGUCAAGUACUUCAUUGUUGAUGCAUUUGCUGAAUCUGCCUUCAAAGGGAAUCCAGCUGCUGUUUGCUUUCUAGACGACGAUAACGAGAGAGACGACGCGUGGCUUCAGUCUCUUGCUGCAGAGUUCAACCUCUCCGAGACUUGUUUCCUCACUUCGAUCAUCGGAGACUUCCCUCGAUUCCGUCUCCGUUGGUUCACUCCAGUCGCUGAGGUGGAUUUGUGUGGUCAUGCAACUUUAGCAUCUGCUCACGUUCUCUUCUCAACUGGUUUGAUUGAUUCAGAAACAGUUGAGUUCGACACAUUAUCAGGGACUCUAACAGCUAAACAUCUCAAAAUUGAUGAUGAAAUCGAAUUGGAUUUCCCUGUUGUACCUACUUUUGAAGCCAACUACAUUGAUGAUGAUCUCUCUUUGUUCUCCAAAGCCUUGAAUGGAGCUACCAUUGUUGAUGUUAAAGCCACAAAGAAGGACAUCCUCGUUGUGCUUUCAUCUUGGGAAGCUGUCAUUGACUUGAAGCCAAGAUUAGAUGAGAUAUCGAAAUGCCCUUGUGAAGGAAUGAUGGUGACUGCCUCUGCUUCUGCUGGGUCUACUUUUGAUUUCUGUAGUCGCUACUUUGCCCCAAGAUUCGGAAUCAAUGAGGACCCUGUUACUGGAAGUGCGCAUUGUGCCUUAGCACAUUACUGGAGCCUCAAGAUGAACAAGUGUGAUUUCUUCGCCUACCAGGCUUCAAGCAGAGGGGGAACGUUGAAGGUGCACCUGGACAAAGAGAAGCAGAGGGUUCUGCUCAGAGGCAAAGCAGUCACUGUUAUGGAAGGUUAUAAGCCUACACGAAAGGAGGCUGCGGCUGCUAUAAGGGUCGCUUGGGACAUCAAUAAGUGUCCGGUUCCAGAUGGCUAUGAUCCUCGUAUGGUCCGUCCGAGUAUUAAACGGUUUUUGGAGAAGAAAGGCUACUAUGGUCCUCUCACCGUCGUUGCCUUUGGCGAUCUAGCCCACGCCUCUGAAAAAUUCCUGAGAGAACUCUUUUCCAGCGGAAUCCAUCUUACCAACGUCACCCCCAAAGCCGAUCCGGAUGACUGCUCUCGUUCACCUUAUCAUCUAAAAAGUGAAGGCUACAACCCUCUCAAACCAUUUCUGUUUCCUCCUCUUGAAAGCUUAAUUAUGGAAGAUUCAGUUUCUCUUGUGGCGUGUGAACCUGCCUCGUGGGAUUGCUUAGUAUGCGCCCGUGAUCCUCCUGGCCUAAUCUUUGAAAAUUUGAUCACACAUCUAUCUAGUGAAGAACAUCAUGAGCUGCUGUUGUCUAGGUGUACUUUGGACCCGGAAGCUGUUAAGUCGUCGUGUCCGACAUUUGUCUAUUGGGACAUCAAUUCGUGUCCGGUUCCCUCUGGCUUUGAUGCUAGUCUGGUCGGCCCGUGCAUCAAACAUUUCUUGAAGAAACAAGGCUGCUAUGGUCCUCUCACCAUCACUGCCAUUGGCGUACUAACAGACGUCACUAAUGACAUCCUGAGUCAAGUCUAUCACAGUGGCAUCAAUCUUCAGAACGUCCCCUACGGUCCCUCAGGCGCUUAUGAGGUCAUUUUUGAUCGUUCCAAGAGGUCUGGAAGUCUAUGUAAUUUAAUGGUCAUAUCGGAUGCCAGAAUCUUCGCUGGUCACCCUCUCUCUCUACGAACAGAAUUCAACUUUCUGAAGCCGUAUCCAUGUGAUUCUCUUCUGAUCUUUCUGGAAGACUCGGGGGCACUUGACGAUGAGUAUAGCUGCAGUGAAACGGCCGGCUUCUGCUUUUGUUCGUUAUGCCAGGACCAGACUCCUCCUUUCCAAGCCUUUGAAAGUUUCACCACGCAUCUCUCUGGUACAUACCAUCAACAGAAGUUGUCGGAGCUGUUACCGAUAAGUCUUCAAGCUCGAAUAUGGAAUGCACCAAAAGGUGACCGUCUUGAGGAAAACAUAACAUUGGUCUUUUGGGACAUCAAUACUUGUCCGGUUCCACCCGAAUGUGAUCCUCGUCAGGUCGCUCCGUUUAUUAAACGGUUUUUGAGUAAUAAAGGCUGCUCUGGUCCUCUCACCAUCACUGCCAUUGGCGUACUAACAGACUUCCCUAUUGACAUCCUUAGAGCACUCUAUUCCAGUGGAAUCGCUCUUAUGAACAUCCCCCCUGGUGCAAGGGUUUCGGUCAGCAUGAAUUGUCUUCUUGUUGAGUAUACCCUUGAGAAUCCACCUCCAGCUAAUAUAUUGCUCAUAUCCGAAGCAGUAUCCAUUUUUCCUCAACUAGUGAUCGGAUCCAAUGUUUUUAAGCUGGUCGAAUGUGAUUUUCGUGAAAGCCUUUUCUUGGCAGGGGCACUUGAGGAGGAUAGGUGCAGUGAAACGAGUGAAUCCUCUUCCUUCUGGAUUUGCAUGGUAUGCGAUAGCGAUCUUGUUGGCCAAGGCUUUGAAAAUUUCACCACCCAUGUUACUAGUAGGCGACAUCAACGGGAGUUGUUGGACUGGUUGCCGUCGGAUGAUCGGUUUCAUUCCUUGGAGAAUGAUCUUGACCAAGGCAACGAAAGUGCAAGACUUGAAGAUGAAGAUGAAGAUGAAGAUGAAGAUGAAGAUGAAGAUGAAGAGGAAGAUGAGGAAGAAACAUGAGUUACCGAUGGAGAUGGUCUAAAACCAAGUGUAACUAGUCGGUAACGUUUUAGUGUUACAAACUCAUGAACUAUUUAGUUACAUUGGAAAUGAAAGUUUCGCAAUAAUGAAACUUUGUAUCUUGUGUUCAGUUUUGUUAUAAACUUGCAACAACACUACAAUGGUUAUGAACUUAUGAUGUUUUUAUAAAUCGCAAGUGAUUAU